GUUUGUGGGACACUUCGCUGAAUGGACCACCUAUUGCGACCCAGCAACCUGUCGCGAUCAAAGCGACCAUUUCGAUAUCCAGAUUCCUGGGCUCACCGUACAUCGUUCAGCUUGCGAACCUUCCUCCAACCACCGCGGUACCACUGUUGCGAAAAAUUACUUGUCCUAGGUCCUGAUUGCCACCAUGGCUGACCGAUUCCCAUCGCUGGAGGACUUCGACUCGGGCGCCCAGACCGAAAUUAAGAAUGCAUCGGACGUACCGUCGGCGAGCAAUUUUUUGGAGCGGGAAAAAGCGAUCCUCGGCGAAGAUGCCAACCAGUUUGCGACAGUCGAGGAUGCCGGCUUUGGUGAGGGCGACAACGAUUUGCUAGGAGGCGGUGGUGGUGACGCCCUGGGCGGCAACGCCGCAUUUGAGUCCCAGUUCCCCGACAUUAGUAGCCGCAACGAGAGCGUGGCACCCGGCGGCACCACCAUCACAGGUCCCUCGGUUAGCUACAACUCGGGUUACCGGCCCUAUGCCGAAGAGGAGGAAGAGCCCGAGGUCAUAAAGAACUGGCGCGAGAAGCGGGAUGCCCAGAUUGCGAAGCGGGCAGAGCAGUUUGCCCAACAGCGCGCCGAGACGAUCCGGGAAGCCCAGCAGAACAUUGACGACUUCUACGAGAACUACAACAACAAGAAGGAGAAGAUGAUUGCGCAGACUCGCAAGGAGGCCGAGCAGUUCCUCGCCAGCCGCGAGGACACGACAUCGGGCGGGACCAGCUGGGAGCGUAUCUCCAAGAUCGUCGACGUCAGCGGGAAGGGCGCAAAGGGCGGUGCCGCCGGCUCGGGUAAGGAGCGCUUCCGUGAGCUGCUUAUGAGCCUACGGAAGGACGAGAAUGCUCCCGGAGCUUCAGGGUAUUAGAGGCGCGCGCCGACGGGCACAACGAUAGACUUGGAACAGAUGGCCGGGCCCUUCCCAACCCGGACCAUCAACCCAUCUUUGACAAUGUCAACCGUCAAUUACGCCAAUUCAUGUUCAUGUACUUUUAGAGGGGGCUUUGACCCUUCCACCGCAGGUAUGGGGAUUCUGGUAUUCAGCAGUGAAGGCGUCAGAGAGCAAUGGGAACACCAGGGUUUGCACGGACUCA